CGCCGCAGGUCACAUACGUGAUGUAAAGCGGCUACUCAAAUCUUCGUUUAGUUAUCAGGCAAUUACAUAUUAACCGAGCAGGUGGUCUGGCUCAAAGUGUUUCGUGUAAUAACAUCGCUGUCCUGUUAGACUCACUGGUUGCUGUGUUAUCAGGUGUGUGUCUGAGUGUGGUAAAUGAGACGAGAAAUUCGUGAUAAUUUGAGCACCGAUGGAUUAAACGCGUAAUUCAGCGAGCAUCACGAUGACCGCCGUCUGCAGAAAGUGAAAGACGAGCACAUACUGCUGCUUUAUUCAUCCUGUCGGACAUCAUCAUCACAGUUGGCUUCAGACAACUUUAAUACGUGGACAAACACUCAAGAAAACAAAAAUGCCAGUGGCAUCUGCCAGCUCUGACUCAGCGAUGCAGAGUCUUCUUGAUACUCUGAGUGACAGUACCAGCUCCACCACAGCCAAUGACCUGGACCUCAUCUUCCUGAAAGGAAUCAUGGAGAGUCCAGUCUCUCGUGAGCACUAUGAAGAGCCGAAGCUGGAGGCGGUGAGGGACAAUAAUGUGGAGCUGGUGCAGGACAUCCUGAGAGACCUGAACACCCUUUCACCUGAUAGUCCUGCGGCACAUGAGCUCAUCUGCAUCCUCAAAGAGCCACACUUUCAGUCUUUACUUGAAACGCACGACUCUGUAGCAUCCAAAAGCUAUGAGACUCCUCCUCCCAGUCCUUGUGCAUUUAUGGACCCCGCGUUCAACAACCAGCCGGUGCCCCCUGAUGCUGUGAGAAUGGUGGGCAUCCGCAAAGUGUCUGGAGAGCAUCUGGGUGUGACAUUUCGGGUGGAGGGUGGAGAGCUGGUGAUUGCCCGGAUCCUGCAUGGGGGCAUGAUUGAUCAGCAGGGUCUGCUGCACGUGGGUGACAUCAUCAAAGAGGUCAAUGGAAAAGAGGUCGGGAGUGACCCCAAAGUCCUGCAGAACAUGCUGAAAGAGUCCAGCGGGAGCGUGGUCCUCAAGAUCCUGCCCAGCUACCAAGAACCACACACACCACGACAGGCUUUUGUAAAGUGUCACUUCGACUAUGACCCCUCUCAUGACAACCUGAUCCCCUGUAAAGAGGCUGGACUUAAAUUCAGCAGUGGAGACAUCCUACAGAUCUUCAACCAGGAGGACCCCAACUGGUGGCAGGCUUGUCAUCUGGAAGGAGGCAGUGCUGGUCUGAUCCCCAGUCAGCUGCUGGAGGAGAAGAGAAAAGCAUUUGUCAAGAGAGAUCUGGAGCUUGCAAGCACAGGGCCUCUGUGUGCAGGGAUAGGCGGUAAGAAGAAGAAGAAGAUGAUGUACUUGACCACCAAGAACGCCGAGUUUGACCGCCAUGAGUUGAGGAUCUACGAGGAAGUGGCCAGGGUGCCUCCGUUCCGCAGGAAGACGCUGGUUCUGAUUGGUGCUCAGGGCGUGGGGCGACGCAGCUUGAAAAACAAACUACUGGUGUCAGACCCGCACCGCUACGGAACCACCACACCCUACACAUCUCGUAAACCCAAGGUGGAUGAGAAAGAAGGGCAGAUGUACCUGUUCAUGUCCCGCAGCGAGAUGGAAACUGACAUUAAAUGUGGUCGUUUCCUGGAGCACGGGGAGUAUGAUGGAAACCUGUAUGGCACCAAGAUCGACUCCAUUCAUGAGGUUGUGGACUCUGGAAAGAUUUGCAUUCUGGAUGUCAAUCCGCAGGCACUCAAAGUUUUGCGAACAGCCGAAUUUCUUCCAUAUGUGGUGUUUAUCGAAGCUCCAAACUUUGAGGUUCUUAAGGACAUGAACAGAUCUGCCAUUGAAGCUGGUGUUGUGACUAAACAGAUGACGGAUUCAGAACUGAAACGGACGGUGGACGAGAGCGAAAGGAUCCAGAGGGCGUACAGUCACUAUUUUGACCUGAGCAUAGUGAACGAUAACCUGGACGGAGCGUACCGCAGCCUUAGACGGGCCCUGGACAGACUCAACACAGACCAGCAGUGGGUUCCCGUCAGCUGGGUCUUCUAAGUCUCCUUACAGUGGCCAGAGCUCCAGGUAACUGCUGUAAUCUACAUGAACUUGCCUGUUCCUUCAAAUUUUUGCACAAAAAAAUCAAAUAAAACGUGACAAUACAACACAAAGCUAGAUUAUUAUUAUUUUGUAAAGAAGCGAACUGAUCUGUAUAUCUGUAUUGUUCUAAAGGAGUUCUGUACAGUGCUGUAUGUUUGUUAUUCCUGUGAAAGUAGGGCUGUAUAUUUGUAUAGAGACUGUAGAAUAUGUUUUAGCACCCUACGUUAUGCUGAAGAUAUUCAGAGCCAUGUUGGAUGUAUCGAUGCUAUAUGAUCAUAGUGUUAUGCAGGGAUGGUUUAGUUUUGAUGUAUCAAACGCAGAACUGAAGAGUGUUUUGGCGUGUCUACGGUUGUCAUAUUCCUGUGCAUGUUCUGGUUUGUUUGUAUUCUUUCUCGUAACCUUUGUUGGUACUUUAUAUUUCUGUUCAAAAACGGCAACAAUGAUGUGUAUUAUUUGAUUAGUCUGAUGGACUAAAAUACAAAAAAAAAGAUCUAAUUUUAUCAUUCCAAUCCAGCAAUUCUAGAAUCCUUCACUGUGAUCAAUCGCAGCGCUCUGCAGUCGUAUAUUUUUCUAUAAUGACGCUGUACUGUAUAAUUGACCGUUGCCCAAGGGAAGGGAAUCCCUAUAGCUGUACUAGUUUCACCAAGUCUCUCAUGUUACUCCACACUCUUUCUUCUCAAAUAAUAAAAUACUAUCAACUCAAA